AUGAGCAAGUGGGACGGAUUAGGCAUGGAAAUCGCGUAUAAGGAGGCCGCCAAGGGGAUGGAGGAAGGCGGUGUUCCGAUCGGAGGAUGUCUCAUCGACAAUCGUGACGGAACAGUGGUGGGGUCUGGUCAUAACAUGAGAUUCCAGAAAGGUAGUGCGACGCUUCAUGGUGAGAUCUCGACACUAGAAAACUGCGGACGUAUGAAGGGUUCCGUGUACAAGAACUGCACGCUGUACACGACGUUAUCGCCUUGCGACAUGUGUACAGGCGCAAUUCUGCUGUAUGGGAUCCCCCGCUGCGUGGUGGGCGAGAACGUCAACUUCAAGGGUGAUGGUGAGCGUUAUCUUGCCGAGCGCGGCUGCGAAGUGCGUGUGGUUGACGAUGAAAAGUGCAAGAAAAUUAUGAAGCAGUUUAUUGACGAGAGACCACAGGACUGGUUCGAGGAUAUUGGAGAGUAA